GCGGAUCGUCGCGAGAGAUAGUUCGCAGGCCAAAAUUUCGAGGUCGUGUUUGGAUGUUUACCAAAAUGGACUUAUAGAAUAUCUGCAUACUUUAUGUAGACUUCUUUAAAUAAUUAGGAUGGCUUUGUAAAUAUCUUUUCUGUGUUGGAGUAUUUGAAAAAGAAUUUCUGAUUUUUAAAAAUUAAAGAGCCCAUUCCUUUAUCAUUGUGAUUUACCGUUGUUUCGAUUUCGAAGGUGCGUAUUCUGACGUCAUCGUGUUUUUCGAGUUUCAAAAAUAAGGUUGAAAUUAUCCCUGGGGGUCGGGAUAAUGGAGGAUUGUGACCUGUCCCAGCUUGACGAUCUCACGGAGGAGUCAAUUUUACAGGCUGUAAAAAGAAGAUAUGAACAGGAUAAAAUUUACACCAAUGUUGGUGAUAUUUUGAUAGCCGUCAACCCUUACAAGGAUCUACCGUUGUACGACAAAAAGAAUCAUGAAGAAUAUGGAUGGAGAGACUUCAAGGCAAAUUUGCCUCCACAUGUCUUUCAAGUGGCAGCAAGGGCCUAUAGCAGGAUGCGUCAGAACCAGACAAACCAAAUUAUUCUGGUCUGUGGUGAAUCUGGUUCAGGAAAAACCGAGAGUACAAAGUAUAUGGUGCAGCACUUCAUGCACAUGUGUCCAGAGGAGUCCGGCGACCUGCAUGACAGAAUUAUCAAGGUGAAUCCCUUACUGGAAAGCUUUGGGAAUGCCAAGACAAUCAUGAAUGACAAUUCCAGUAGAUUUGCCAAAUUUCUGGAGUUGAGUUUUAGAGGUGAUGGACAAGUGAUUGGGGCCAUGAUCAAAGACUACAUGCUGGAGAAAUGCAGAGUGGUAGGAAGAAGCCAGGAUUGUGGAGAGGGAAAUUUCCAUAUUUUCUAUGGAAUGCUUGCUGGGAUGUCACAGGAGGAAAAGCAAGCUCUGUACCUUCGGAAGCCUGAAUCAUACAACAUACUACUGGGUAGUAUUGACAAUUUACGAUUGACACAACAUUAUGCCAAACAGUAUAAAGAAAACAUGGAAACUCUGAGGCAGAUAGGGAUGACAGAAGCUGACAGAAAGGUCAUGACCUGUAUGCUGGCAGCCAUCUUGCACCUAAGUCAAGUAGAAUUUCAAGAGACAGACAAAAAUUCUGGGGAACUGAAAAUUGUAGAUACAGAGUUGGUUGAGCAUGCCGCUGAGCUGCUAGAUGUAGACUGUGAAGCACUCGGACAUGCUCUAAUAUCUUCCACUACAAUAAUGGCAGGUGAAGAAAUUAAAGUAUUUAAGAGUUUGGACCAAGCUAGAGAUGGCCGAGACGCCCUCGCUAAACACAUGUACGAGAGACUGUUUGGGUGGAUUGUGAAGAAAAUCAACAACAAUCUGCACCCUCGCAAGAAAGAAGCAAGGAAGGAAACCACAGAGAUUGGUGUUCUAGACAUUGCAGGUUUUGAGAAGCUCAAGACAAAUAGUUUUGAGCAAAUGUGCAUUAACGUUGUGAAUGAAAGGUUGCAAAACUUCAUGAACAAAGUUGUGAUCAUUCAAGAAAAACAGAUCUAUGACUCUGAAGGAAUACCUCAGGAUAAAGUGGAGUUCAAGGACAACCUGGAUGUUAUACAGUUAUUUGAACUUUCGACAAUUGGGAUUUGGCCGUGUCUUGAUGAGGAAUCCAAGUUUGCUCAGGGUACUGAUCUGAAGUUUGUGGAGAGACUGAAAAAAACUUUCAACAAAAGUCAUGCUUUACACAACCUCCUCACGUUCCCAAGGGGUGAAAGGGCAGAAUUCGGUGUCAAACAUUUUGCAGGGGUGGUGUGGUACAACUGUAACAACAUACUGGAGAAGAACCGAGACAGUUUGAACAAGGAUCUGGAAAAGGUGAUGAAGCAAAGCACAGACGAUUGCAUUGCAGACUUGUUUACCAUCAAGAAAGGAGACACUGGAACGAUAUCUAAUACCAUGGCCAAUAUAAGGAUGUCCAGGAAAGUACCAGGCCUGGGAGCCUCCAUCAGACCAAAGACAGACAGGGGGAGGAUGCUGGCUGCUGAUCUGGGAAGCACCCUCAAGGACAAGUAA